CUGUGUGUUUGUGUGUCUCUGUCCGUAGUCUCAGACCAGUCUGGACUGGCUGCCUCUGUGCUCUGUGUAGCCAGUUCGACAGAUUGUUUCACCGUGGAGACUUUACGGGAUUGGAGUGAGACUUUUCUUGGAUAGAUUGAUAGCUCCCAGUGAGACAGUUCUGUGUGAUGGAUAGUUUGUGACUGAUCGGGAGAUCUUUUGGGAGCACACACGGGUCCUGUAGCCUACAGUAGUUGGCUCGACUCUACAGCUACGUGACCACGCUUCACUGACUCAACCCAUGGAUGUCAUAAUGCUAUGUCCAAGCUGAAGAGGUCUGUGUCUUUUCUGGUAGCUCUUCUGGAUGAGGCUGGAGCUGGAUGCGUUUCUCUCCUGUUCUGUGAUGGUGUGAUCUCACUGCUUGAGUUGUAGGAAGCCCUAUAUUCAGCGCCUUUCACACUUUCUAGUCUCUACUAUCUCUGUCUGCCUGCCUGUAUAGAGCAGAGCAGGCCUCGCUCUUUACUGUGGAGCUUGCUUAACUGCCUGGACUGGACAUUAUAGCAUGGAUGUUUAAUCAUAUAAGUGGAUCUAUUGCUGUUGUGUAUAAAGGGAGCCGUGGUGAGAGACGGUAACGUUCCCUAGAAAGGGCCCAAACCCUGGCCGCCACGCCAUGGCCCCUCGCAAGCGUCCAGGGCGGGGCCUCUCCGAUAUUUUCUGCUGUUUUAAAGGGAGUGAUCACCCGGAGAUCACCUACCGCCUUCGCCAUGACAGUAACUUCAUCCUACAGACCAUGGAGCCCUCCCUGCCCAUGCCGCUUGAAGAGGAGCUGGAUGCCAUGUUCUCUGAGCUGGUUGAUGAGCUGGAUCUGUCAGGGAAACACCGGGAAGUCAUGUUUGCCCUGCCAGCUGAGAAGAAAUGGCAGAUGUACUGUAGCAAGAAGAAGGAGGGAGAAGAGAGCAAGGGUGCGACUAGCUGGCCAGAGUUCUAUAUCGACCAGUUGAAUUCCAUGGCUGCUAGGAAGACCCUUAUUGCUUUGGAAAUGGAGGAUGAGGAAGAGAGGAACAAGACCAUAGAGAGCUUAAAGACAGCUCUAAGGACACAACCCAUGAGGUUUGUGACGCGGUUCAUCGACCUGGACGGUCUGACCUGCAUCCUGAACUUCCUGAAGAGCAUGGACUACGAGACCACCGAGUCCCAGAUCCACACGUCCCUGAUUGGCUGCAUCAAGGCCCUGAUGAACAACUCCCAGGGCCGCUCCCAUGUGCUCUCCCACACAGAGAGCAUCAACAUCAUUGCCCAGAGCCUGGCAACUGAGAACGUCAAGACCAAGGUGGCGGUGCUGGAGAUCAUGGGCGCUGUGUGUCUGGUGCCAGGAGGCCACAGGAAGAUCCUGGAGGCCAUGCUGCACUAUCAGAAGUUCGCUUGCGAGAGGACUCGCUUCCAGACUCUGCUGAAUGACCUGGACAGGAGUACGGGGCGCUACAGGGACGAGGUCAACCUGAAAACAGCCAUCAUGUCCUUCAUCAAUGCAGUGCUUAGUCAGGGAGCAGGGGAGUCAAGCUUUGAGUUCAGAAUUCACCUGCGAUACGAGUUCCUUAUGUUGGGCAUCCAGCCGGUCAUCGAUAAACUGAGAUCCCACGACAACUCAACGUUAGACAGGCAUUUGGACUUCUUUGAGAUGCUGAGAAACGAGGAUGAACUAUCUUUGGCAAAACGCUUUGACACUGUGCACAUUGACACAAAAAGUGCCACGCAAGUGUUUGAGCUCAUAAAGAAGAAGAUGAGCCACACAGAUGCACACCCGCACUUUAUAUCUGUCUUACAGCACUGUCUCCUUAUGCCUUACAAGCGUAGUGGGAACACAGUGCAUUACUGGCUCCUCCUGGACCGCAUCGUCCAGCAGAUCGUCCUGCAGAACGACAAAGGUCAUGACCCUGACGUCACCCCCCUGGAGAACUUCAACGUGAAGAACGUGGUGCGAAUGCUGGUCAACGAGAAUGAAGUCAAACAAUGGAAAGAACAGGCUGAGAAAAUGAGAAAAGAGCACCAUGAGCUGCAGCAGAAGUUUGAUAAGAAGGAACGCGAGUGUGAGGCCAAGACCCAGGAGAAGGAGGACAUGAUGCAGACACUGAAUAAGAUGAAGGAGAAGCUGGAGAAGGAGUCCAGCGAACACAAGCAGGUCAAGCAGCAAGUGGCCGACCUCUCCGCCCGGCUGCAUGACCUCAGCACUAGGCCAAAUCUAAGUGUUCCUGGUGGCCCUCCACUCAUACCUGGGGCCCCUGGAGGUCCCAUACCACCCCCUCCCAUGCAGGCUGCCAUGCCCCCACCCCCUCCACCACCCCCUGGGGGCAUGCCUCCACCGCCACCCCCUCCACCCGGUGGACCUCCUCCUCCUCCAGGCAUGGCUCCCCUUGGUCCCCCUCCUCCACCUGGAGCUCCCAUGGGACCAGGGCUGAAAAAGAAGAACAUCCCCCAGCCCUCCAACCCACUCAAGUCAUUCAACUGGGCCAAGCUGGCUGAGAAUAAGCUGGAGGGCACUGUGUGGACAGACGUCGAUGACAUCAAGGUUUUCAAAAUCCUGGACCUUGAGGACAUUGAGAAGACCUUCUCUGCAUACCAGAGACAGCAGGACUUCUUAACAAUGAACAAUAACAAGAAAGAGUCCGAAGAUGAUACGGUGACCUCCAAGAAGGUCAAGGAGCUGUCAGUCAUCGACGGUCGACGAGCACAGAACUGUAACAUCCUCCUCUCUCGGCUGAAGCUGACCAAUGAGGAGAUCAAGAGGGCCAUCCUGACUAUGGACGAACAGGAGGAUCUGCCCAAAGACAUGCUGGAGCAGCUGCUAAAGUUUGUCCCAGAGAAGAGUGACGUGGAUCUCCUGGAGGAGCACAAGCAUGAGCUGGACCGCAUGGCCAAGGCUGACCGCUUCCUCUACGAGAUGAGCAGGAUCAACCAUUACCAGCAGAGGUUACAGUCCCUCUACUUCAAAAAGAAGUUUGCUGAAAGAAUCGUCGAAGUCAAACCUAAAGUUGAAGCUCUAACCAGGGCCUCUAAAGAGAUGCUGCAGAGCCGCAACCUCAAGCAGCUUCUGGAAGUGGUCCUGGCCUUUGGUAACUACAUGAACAAGGGCCAGAGGGGAAACGCCUAUGGCUUCAAAGUGUCCUCACUCAACAAGAUCGCUGACACCAAGUCCAGCAUUGACAAGAACAUUACUCUGCUGCAUUACCUGAUCACCAUCCUGGAGCAGAAGUAUCCCAAAGUGGCUGUGUUCCAGGAGGAGCUUCAGAGUGUUCCAGAGGCAGCUAAAGUAAAUAUGACAGAGCUGGAGAAAGACAUCAACAAUCUGCGCUCUGGUCUGAAGAGUGUGGAGAUGGAGCUGGAUUUCCAGAGAGGUCUUCCUCAGGUUUCGGGGGAUAAGUUUGUGUCUGUGGUGAGCCAUUUCAUCACUGUGGCCAGCUUCAGCUUUUCAGAGGUGGAUGAUUCUCUGUCUGAGGCCAAGGAGCUGUUUCUGAAGGCAGUGCAGCAUUUUGGGGAGGAUGCAACCCGUAUGCAGCCUGACGAGUUCUUCGGAAUCUUCGACCAAUUCCUGCAGGCGUUCGCUGACGCUAAGCAGGAGAAUGAGAACAUGCACAGACGCAAGGAGGAAGAGGAGCGACGGGCCCGCAUGGAAGCACAGCUGAAGGAGCAGAGGGAGAAGGAGCGCAAGGCCAAGAAGGCAAAGGAGAACUGUGAGGAAGACGGUGAAUUCGACGACCUCGUUUCAGCCCUGCGCUCCGGGGAGGUGUUCGAUAAGGACUUGUCCAAGAUGAAACGCAACCGCAAACGCGUCAACUCAUCAGCUGAGACCAGCAGGGAGCGACCCGUCACCAAACUGAACCUCUGAAACAACUGAUCCUGUCUUACUGGAGCUAAGCUAUGCUGCCCUCUGGUGUCCUGGCAUGAGCCUAGUGCCCCCAGUUUUGGGAGUGGACAGAACUCCCUUCUAAAACGGAACUGAGCAGGAAAGGUGGUGGACAGACCUCUACUCACUCUUCUGCUACUCAAGCAACAAUAACCCAGAGCUUGUGUCCGUCUGGAAACAGACAUAUAAGAUAUUACCUCCUCUGAAAACCAUGAACUAUGGAUAAGGAGUGACUCUCUAAGCUAUUUGUGUUAAUUGCCAAAACCUACACUUUUAAAAGGCUGUGCUCUGAAUGACAGUUUUUCUCAUGUUGUGGAUGGGACACUUUUUUUAAUAGCAUAGGGCUGUUGCCCUGGAGUAGGACACUCUUCUUAACCCUUCCUACCUGCAAAAAUGGGCAGGAAGUGGAAUGGAAAGCCAGGGGUCACACACCGGCUGUGACACAUUUCCUCUGUUAAACGGGAGAAAGUGGAACAUCUUUCCUGCUAUUGUGUUCAGUCAGUCAGACACCACUAGAGAGUAUAGUAGAGGAUGCCAACCCCAUGCAGAGAAACAGUGUCUCUUGAAGCACAAUCCAUCAUGAAUGAAUUACGUUUUUGAGAUGAGCAAAAAAGCAUAACAAGAAACACAUUUUGAUACUGUUUUUAUCACAAUUUUGAAAAGACCUCAUUUAGAUAUUUAAAGCCAAAUCAAAGAUGCAAUAUUACCAUUUUAUUAGAGCCUAUAACUUUCAUCUAUAAAAUACUCCAUUAGAACUGAAAUAUACAGUAUUGUAGAAGAGUAGGACCUCAUUUUAGGCCUGCUGACUUGAAAGGACAGUGUCACUGUUUCUAUAUUAUUCGAAGAGUUACCAAAAAUAAUUGCUCUUCCUCUGGUCAUCCUAACACACUGAGGAUAUCAGUCUGGAAACUAUGCAGCCCAACAUUUGUUUUUGUGUUCAUUACUGCCAUGUACCGUACCAGUCAAAAGUUUAGACACAACUACUCGUUCAAGGGCAUUUCUUUAUUUGUACUAUUUUCUACAUUGUAGAAUAAUAGUGACGACGUCUAUGAAUUAUGAAUUGGCCAUCACAAAGCCCUGACCUCAAUCUUAUAGAAAAUGUGUGGGCAGAACUGAAAAAGCGUGUGCGAGCAAGGAGGCCUACAAACCUGACUCAGUUACACCAGCUCUGUCAGGAGUAAUGGGCCAAAAUUCACCCAACUUAUUGUGGGAAGCUUGUGGAAAGCUACCCGAAACGUUUGACCGAAGUUAAACAAUUUAAAGGCAAUGCUAGCAAAUACUAAUUGAGUGUAUGUAAACUUCUGACCCACUGGGAAUGUGAUGAAAGAAAUAAAAGCUGAAAUAAAUCAUUCUCUACUAUUAUUCUGACAUGUCGCAUUCUUAAAAUAAAGGGGUGAUCGUAACUGACCUAAGACAGGGAGUUUUUUACUAGGAUUAAAUGUCAAGAAUUAACACAUAGAAUCAUGUAGUAAGCAAAAAUGUUAUACAGUUUUGAUUCUUCAAAGUAGCCACCCUUUGCUGUGAAUGACAGCUUUGCACACUCUUGGCAUUCUCUCAACCAGCUUCAUGAGGAAUGCUUUUCCAGCAGUCUUGAAGGAGUUCCCACAUAUGCUGAGCACUUGUUGGCUGCUUUUCCUUCACUCUGCGGUUUAACUCAUCCUGAACCAUCUCAACCGUGUUGAGGUCGGGUGAUUGUGGAGUCCAGGUCAUCUGAUGCAGCACUCCAUCACUCUUCUUGGUCAAAUAGCCCUUACACAGCCCGGAGGUGUGUUUUGAUCAUUGUCCUGUUGAAAAACAAAUGAUAGUCUCACUAAGACCAAACCAGAUGGGAUGGCGUAUCACUACAGAAUGUUGUGGUAGCCAUGCUGGUUAAGUGUGCCUUGAAUUCUAAAUACAUCACAGACAGUGUCACCAGCAAAGCACCCCUGCACCAUCACACCUCCUCCUCCAUGCUUCACGGUGGGAACCACACAUGCGGAGAUCAUCCGUUCACCUACUCUGCGUCUCACAACCAAAAAUCUCAAAUAUGUACUCAUCAGACCAAAGGACAGAUUUCCACCGGUCUAAUGUCCAUUGCUCGUGUUUCUUGGCCCAAGCAAGUCUUUUCUUAUUAUUGGUGUCCUUUUAGUAGUGGUUUCUUUGCAGCAGUUUGACCAUGAAGGCCUGAUUCACACAGUCUCUGAACAGUUGAUUUUGAGAUGUGUCUGUUACUUGAACUCUGUGAAGCAUUUAUUUGGGCUGCAAUCUGAGGUGCAGUUAACUUUGACCUUAUCCUCUGCAGCAGAGGUAACUCUGGGUCUUCCUUUCAUGUGGCGGUCCUCAUGACAGCCAGUUUCAUCAUAGCGCUUGAUGGUUUUUGCGGCUGCAUUUGAAGAAACAUGCAAAGUUCUUUAAAUGUUCAGCAUUGACUGACCUUUCUCUUUGCUUAUUUGGGCUGUUCUUGCCAUAAUAUGGACUUGGUCUUUUACCAAAUAGGGCUAUCUUCUGUAUACCACCCCUACCUUGUCACAAAACAACUGAUUGGCUCAAACGCAUUAAGAAGGAAAGAAAUUCCACAAAUUAACUUUUAAGAAGGCACACCUGUUUAAUUGAAAUGUAUUCCAGGUGUCUACCUCAUGAAGCUGGUUGAGAGAAUGCCAAGAGUGUCAUUAAGGCAAAGGGUGGCUACUUUGAAGAAUCUCAAAUAUAAAAUUGAUAUUUGAUUUGUUUAACGCUUUUUUUGGUUACUACAUGAUUCCAUAUAUGUUAUUUAAUAGUUUUGAUUAUUCUACAAUGUAGACAAUAGUAAAAAAUAAAGAAAAACCCUGGAACGAGUAGCUGUGAUCAAACUUUUGACUGGUACUGUAUGUGUUUAUUAUGUACAUACUAUGCCCAUUCCAGUGUCACCUCACUUGACUCUCAAAAUCUAGGCGGCAGUCUUCCUUCUCCCUACAGUUUUCAGCCAUUAGCUUCGCCCACGACUGGCUCAUUUGAACUACAAACGUCAAUCAUUGCUUGCGAUGCGGCUUUCGAAACAUAUGGCCCUUAUCUUUCAUCAGAAAGAAUCCUUCAAAUAAAAAAUAUACACUUACUGUAGCGGUUGUGCACAGAUCCAGCUAUGGGUGCCUCCAUCUGACAAAACGACACUUCCCGAACUACGCUUACACAGGUGUUAUGAGCACCGUCUUCUGUAAUGAGCACAGGUGGUUGCCUCUUCUGUCCGUUUUCCGUAAAUAAGCGCUGUAACAUAGAGAUAUGGCCGUGUGGGAACACUGACCCUAUCAAGGUCUGUAUCAAUUGAACCUUUUUUUUGCUGAUUUAUAACAUAAGGUCCUUAUGCUUCCAAAACCGUACCGCAAGCGAUGCGUAUUAUUGUUCAGAUUCAGCGUCAGGGCUCUUAACAAAACUCCCCUGUACAGAAGACGCAUUCAUCCAAUGUGUGUAAUGGAAUGGAACUGAGAGUCAUGGUCAUGGGCUAUUCCUCACUAUAACAUGUACAGCAGAAAGCUUUCAGUUAUUUAGUCUCCCCCAAUUAGUAAAACCUUUUCUCAAACCUUUGGUCACAUUUCUACCAACACCCUCCUUACUUAACUGUGUGAUAGCAUGUCUGAUGUAUGUGGAUUCUUUCUAUACAGAUUUAGUAUUAUUUAAACAACUUUCUAUUUUGAAACUAAAGUAAUAAACCUGGAUGUUAAUUAUC